GGAUCACACAUGGCAAUUAAAUUGGGGGAGGUUCAGAAGGAACGGAGCCCAACGGAAGCACCCAAUGCGUUCGUUGGCGCGGAAGGCAAGAACGAUGACACGUUUAUACGCUAACCACGCACUCGCUCAUAUUCCGAACGCUCUCUUCUACGCUAGCGUCCCCAAGCCCCACUCCGCUUCUCCUAAACUCCUCUCUUGCAUUCGAGGCCCAAUUUGUACCCCGGGAGUUCGGGCAUUUUGUACUGCGUUCACUGAAGCUGCAGCGUCCAGAGCUGCUGUGUUCGGGCAAACCAUGGAGAGCCACGACUCUAUUUCGUACCUGGCUCAGCGGGAAGCUGCUGAGAUCGAUGAGAUCCUCAUGGGUCCUCUUGGAUUUAGUGUCGACCAGUUGAUGGAAUUGGCUGGUUUGAGUGUUGCCACGUCCGUAGCAGAGGUUUACAAACCAAGUGAGCAUUUCCGAGUACUUACUAUUUGUGGACCUGGGAAUAACGGGGGCGAUGGUCUGGUGGCUGCCCGUCACCUUCAUCACUUCGGCUACAAGCCCUGUGUCUGCUAUCCCAAACGUACUGCCAAGCCUCUUUAUACUGGAUUAGUUACUCAGCUUGAAUCACUAUCAAUCCCAUUCCUAUCGGUGGAAGAUCUGAAAUCAGACUUGUCAAAGGACUUUGACAUUGUAAUAGAUGCUAUGUUUGGGUUCUCAUUCCAUGGUACUCCAAGACCUCCUUUUGAUGAUCUGAUCCAGAGGCUUGUCAUUUUACGUAAGCAUGAACAAGCUGGUCAAAAAAGAUCAGUUAUAGUCUCCGUAGAUAUUCCCUCUGGGUGGCAUGUCGAAGAAGGAGAUUUUGAUGGCGAAGGCAUUAAACCUGAUAUGUUGGUUUCUUUGACAGCACCAAAAUUAUGCGCUAAGAAGUUUAGUGGUCCUCAUCACUUUUUAGGAGGUAGAUUUGUCCCACCUGCCAUUGCAGAAAAAUAUAAGCUUCAUCUCCCACCCUAUCCUGGAACUGCCAUGUGUGUUCGAAUUGGCAAGCCUCCUCAAGUUGAUAUUUCAGCUCUAAGAGAGAACUAUAUCUCUCCAGAGUUUCUUGAAGAGCAGGUGGAUGCAGAUCCCAUCAUCCAGUUUCGUAAAUGGUUUGAUGAUGCAUUGGCUUCUGCCUUGAAGGACCCAAAUGCUAUGGCCUUAUCAACUGUAGGAAAGGAUGGAAAACCCUCAUCACGAAUGGUGUUGUUAAAGGGUGUGGACAAGGAUGGUUUUGUGUGGUACACAAACUAUGAAAGCCGGAAGGCACAUGAACUAUCUGAAAAUCCUCAUGCAUCAAUUCUUUUCUACUGGGAUGGUCUAAACCGGCAGGUACGAGUGGAGGGAUCUGUGCAGAAAGUCUCAGACGAAGAAUCAGAACAGUAUUUCCAUAGCCGUCCUAGAGGAAGUCAGAUUGGAGCAAUAGUUAGCAAGCAGAGUAUGGUAGUACCUGGAAGACAUGUUCUUCAUCAGGAGUAUAAAGAGCUGGAGCAAAAAUUUGCUGAUGGUAGCUUGAUCCCUAAACCCAGAAACUGGGGAGGAUACAGAUUGACGCCACAACUUUUUGAGUUUUGGCAAGGGCAGCCGUCUCGUUUGCAUGACAGGUUGCGUUAUUCCCCCCUCGAGAUAAAUGGACAACGAGCAUGGAAGAUUGAGCGGUUGGCGCCCUAAUUUUGAAAUUUCAACAUCUAGCAUGCGAUAGAUAUUAGUAGGCGGUGUGCUGUAGAUGAUCAAAUAAUGAAAAAGUUUGAUGAGGAUGUGCAAUCUCAGUGGAAUACGGAAGCAUACUGUAGACUUACAAGUAGUGAAAAUAAGGCAUUUGAUAUCAUGAUAGUUCCAAUUAGUCCUGAAUUUAUUCAAUUGAUGGCAACUAUAGAACGCUGUCAAUUAUGUAGAUGUCAGCAUCCCCUAUAUGGUAGCAAUAACGUGAAUGUCAACAUUGUACUCUUAUCCUUUCUUAUUUGAGAUCAGCAUGAGUUGCCGUUUUCGGCGACACUGAUUUUCGUUUGACAACACUGAUUGCCGAACCGUGUUGAUACUCAUUUCUAAUGCAGGUCAAUUUAA